CAUGUCCUCUGAAGUCAUGGAGACACGUGUGUGUGUGUGUGUGUGUGUGUGUGUGUGUGUGUGUGUGUGUGUGUGUGUGUGUGUGUGUGUGUGUGUGUGUGUGUGUGUGUGUGUGGUGUGGUCAGUGGGAGGGGCGCUUACUGGUGUCAAAUGGAUAAAACGUGGUGUAUGAGAGCUGCUGUGUCAGAGGCUGCAGUGGUGAAGUGUGUGGGUGAUCCAGUGUCCCGGGCAGGACUUAAACCCAGUGUCCGUGUGAGCUGCCAUGACCUGGCGGCUUUAACUGCUCAGCUGUGCCCAGGCAGGUGUGGAGCUCGGUGCGUGUGUGUGUCAGUGUGUGUGUGUGUGUGUGUGUCAGGACAGAUGAGCUGAGCGUGUACCUGCAGGCUGCAGCCACAGCUCGAGCAGCAGAACACGCCCUGCCACAGGAGAAGGUGGUCGCACGCACUUUACCUGCAGAGAACAAGCGCAGCCCCGAUGCUCCGCCGCGGGCCCGCAGCUCCACCGGACACUUACCCAAUGAGACCAGGACUUUCCCCCCACACACGUCUUCUCCUCCCCGGGAGCGUUCCAACCCGCGCCUGCUGCUCGGAUCACCCGGAGGUCCUGCGGGGCUCCGCACAGAGAUAAGGCGGCUUCCUGCAGCGGUUCACAGCGUCGAUCCGGCGCCUGGUCCCGGGCACCAUGAGCAGGAAGACGCGGCGCUGGAUCCUACAUUUUUUCCUGUGCCUCGGAGUAGUGUACCUGAAGAUCGGGGGUCUGUCCUCGGUGGUGGCGCUGGGAGCGAGCAUCAUCUGUAAUAAAAUCCCGGGCCUGGCCCCUCGUCAGCGGACUAUCUGUCAGAGCCGGCCCGACGCCAUCAUCGUGAUCGGAGAGGGGGUUCAGAUGGGCAUCAACGAGUGUCAGUUCCAGUUCCGACACGGGCGCUGGAACUGCUCGGCCCUGGGAGAGAGGACCGUGUUCGGCAAAGAGCUCAGAGUGGGCAGUAAGGAGGCAGCGUUCACGUAUGCCAUUAUCGCUGCCGGGGUGGCCCAUGCCGUCACUGCGGCCUGCACCCAGGGCAGUCUGAGUGGCUGCGGCUGUGACAAGGAGAAGCAGGGUUUCUACAACCAGGAGGAGGGCUGGAAGUGGGGCGGCUGCUCAGCGGACGUCCACUACGGCGUGGGUUUCUCCAAGGUGUUUGUGGACGCACGGGAAAUUAAGCAGAACGCCAGGACGCUCAUGAAUUUACAUAACAAUGAAGUGGGACGCAAGGUCCUGGAGAAGGGAAUGCGUCUGGAGUGUAAGUGUCACGGCGUGUCGGGGUCUUGCACCACCAAAACCUGCUGGACGACGCUCCCCAAGUUCCGUCAGCUGGGAUACAUUCUCAAGGACAAGUACAACCAGGCCAUACACGUGGAGCCGGUGCGAGCCAGCCGCAACAAGCGCCCCACCUUCCUGAAGAUCAAGAAACCCCAUUCCUACCGUAAGCCCCUGGACACGGAGCUGGUCUACAUCGAGAGGUCGCCCAACUACUGCGAGGCCGACCUGCUGACCGGCAGCAUGGGGACGCAGGGUCGCCUGUGCAACAAAACGGUCCUGCAGCCCAACAGCUGCGACCUGAUGUGCUGCGGCCGCGGAUACAACACGCACCAGUACUCGCGCGUGUGGCAGUGCAACUGCAAGUUCCUGUGGUGCUGCUACGUCAGAUGCAACACCUGCAGUGAGAGGACAGAGGUGUAUACCUGUAAAUAGAGAUAUUUAUUGGACGUGUAUUCACCUGAAGCGAUGCCUCUAACUUGUGUUGAUGAUACGGACGCCAGUGCACAUCUGUCAUCACACUGGACUCCACCUGUGGGCUCAUACUUUUAUUUCUAUUUUUCAUAAUGCCACUUCAUGCUCCAGGCUUGACGUAUCUGCCGGCCACACUGUUCUAUUGGCACGACUCACCUCAGACUGAUGGCUUGACUGACUUUAUCUUUUUCUAGACUAAUAAUUUAUUCAGUGAGAAAACUACUGAUCAUUUUUUUAAUUUCACUGUCAGCUAAAUCUGGUGGCGUUUUAAGCUGGUGUAGAUGUCUGGCAUUUUAUUUAGAAAAUAUCCAAGUGCACUUAAGAGCAAAAAUAAUUUUCUUUUCUUUUUUUUGUACGAGACAAUUUAAACACUGGAGCUGAAACCUGAAAGAGUCAGGACUGAACUUGACUGACAGAUUUGGGAAUCUGCCGCUUGCGUGCGUUAAACCCAGCAGAGGAAGAUGAAACUACUGAUUCUGGACUCGGUCUGAUAGUAUUGUUUUGUGCUUGUUUGUUUCCCCUUCCCCUCCAGUCUGCUGCUAGUUGUCUGGAAACUUCUGGAGUUUGUGACGAGCAGCCAUAUUGACUCUUCAGGCUUAGUUGACACCACCAAGAGCAAACGUCUGAGCUUCCAGACAUACAUUUCCCUCAAUGUUGGUCGAUAGAAUAUAUUUUGUAAGAGAUUAUUUUUAUAUAAAUAUUGUUUUAUUUAUUUUCUGUCUCUGUGUAAGAUAUUUCCCCUUCAGAAUUUUUCCACCCACUGAAACACUGUUUUAAAUGUGCCUCAGCAGAAGAAUAUAAUGAUGUCACACUGAAAUGUGCAGUAUUGUGAUAAUGUAACUAGUUUCAGGAAGCAUCACACUUUGCCUUCCAACCUACUGAGAGCCAAAUACCACUGUCCCCUCCAGGCUGGACACUGGUCCAUAAUAGAUAGAUAGAUAGAUAGAUGUACCUUAUUGAUCCCAAAUUGGGAAAUUAUUGAACAUUAGUUUCUGAGUCAUUGCAUCUCCUGCAGUGGAUUUCAUGUUUUUGGAGUUUACUCUCUACAUUCUGAGAUCAACCAGUUUCCACUAACGCCAAAGUGCUUUCUCCCUUAUCUAUACCAGCACCGACCCUGUCAUCUUCUGAUGAGCUGCUAACUUUUAACCCACAGUGGUUUCAUUUGGCGUUAAAGGAUGACUAAAUAAGAAUAAAAAGAAUAAAUGAGCAUAAAUGCAUAUUUGAAUCCAUUUACAAUUGGCAUCACAGUGCGUCUCAUGACCAGAUUGUUUCUAGAUAUGAUUUUAACCCCGAUUACAUUUAUACCUGGUAUUAAAGCCAGGUUAGGUAAUCCUGGAACAGCUAGCAAGAGCAGGCUACACUUUGAAAAUUUAAAGUUUAAAAAUGCAACGAUACAUUCCACCUCCUCCCAUUGGCUAAGCCCACAAAGCACAUGAACGUGCACUGACUUACAACUGCUAGAAGUGACCCACUGGCUACUGGCUAACAUCUCUGCGUCAGCGGAGUACGUUUCUCGACAGAAGACUCCAGUUAUGUGCAGUGACAGACAGGUACACCAGCCAAUCAUUUCGUUCAGAGGGCCACAGAAACUUUGUCUAUUGAUGCUAUCAGGACAUUAAGAGGAUUUCAACAAAUACGAUCAAAGAGUGUUUCAAAUACAACUUAGCAACCACUUGUUAAAUGUGUAUCUCCAAAUUGAGAUGUGACUGAUUGCGAAUGCUUUGUCAAUCGUGACGUCCUUCUCUUUUAUGCGCCGGUCCAAAAGACAAAAAAAAAAAAGAUAGACAGUACGUUAUUGUGUUUGCUUGUUUUUGAUUGGUGUUGCUUCUGUCCAUCCACGAGUGUCAUGCACGUCCAUUGUUGAGGACUGAGAAUAGGACACUUCAUGUGUUACUGGCUACUGGCUGCUAGCUGCCUACUGCUACCUUGCUUGUUUGGAAUAGUAUUUCUGCCUUUGUAGUUGCUCCAUGUGGAUUGACAACACAUUUACAUGUUGAGGUGGUUUCCUCUGACUGGAUCACAGUCCGUCCUCAAAGCAUCUCAGGUGCAUUUAAAACUGUAAUCUCAUAUGGUCAAACUCUAACUGAUUCCAAUCGGAUCUCCCAGAAUGCAUUUCAAUGCCUGGUGUAAAUGGGGUAUUCCAUUAUUUUCCCACAUAUUCAGUCAGAUGAAAUGAAAGGCGCUACAUGUUUCAGAGCUGGAUAAUAACCCAAACAUGAUGAUAAUGAGUUAUAAUUACUACAGGAGCACAACCUGGAGGUUUGACUCUGGCUCUCUGUGAUUUAAAUCAGUCCACAGGUAUGCAGUGAUCUCUAUCAAGUUUCUCACUAACACUACUUAUGGCCGGGUAUCAUUUCGCAUUUAAGUAUUGAGGCAUUUUACGGUAAGAGUCCUGUGAUUAUGCGUUAUUAAAAAAAAAAGGUUUCUGGUCAGAUCAUUAAAUAUCUGAUUAAAAAAUAAAAGACAAGAAUUCAUUUCCAGCUGUUGAGACUUGACAGUUUUUAAUACUUGGUAUCAUUGACACAUUUCAGGAAGGAAGUUUGCAACCCAGCUCCCAACUACGAAAUAGCCUUUGAAACAAUCUGAGGUACUGUAGUGAGCAGUCAGGUAAUAAUAGAUACAAGUGUAAAAUGCCUUCACCAACACAGUUGUAGAAACUAUGCUGUUUAUUUGGUUAUUAAUGAAAGAAUUCCCUGUGAACUCUCAACCCUGCAUGGUUACAGCUUUGUCUUGUAUGUGACUGAAUUAAUGAAAUCAUAUCAAAGCUGUAGUAUUCUUACAUCAGAAGUUAUUUUCAUGUAGAACCACACUGUCUUUUCAUUUGUUCUUGUUUAAUAAAUGUCGUC